UCUAAACGACGUCGUACAUGGGAGCUGAGAGACUAAACCCUGUUCCGUCGAUUGGUUCCAAUUCUGACCGAAGCUCAGAAACUGAAUAUGUUUACCGCCAGAAUCUCUAUUCAUGGCGGGCGUUUUCCGAUCAGCUCACCGGCGGAUUCGAUCAUCCUACAGUAAAAUCCUUACUCGUCGAUUAUGGCGGCGCCAUUGUUCGCCUUCACAAAGCACCAUAAUCUCAACAUCGCUCUUCACCAGGUCAUUUGUUUCCGCUGCCAAUCCCAAAUCUACCUUCGAUGCCAUCACUCUCAGAGUACUUCGUAACGAGAUCGAGUACCAGUCCGAUUACGCUCCUCCCCAUCUGCCUGCAAUGAGGUUCAAUUCAUUUGCGGUUGAAGACCGACCGGGAAUGCAGUGGAUUACAUUGAAAGGAAAAUUUGGUGACACUGAAGAUAUUAAAAUUGAAGCGACGAUGUUUGAUGGCUGCAAAUCUGUUCCUAAACUUGGAGACGAUAUCGAUGGUGAAGAAGACCUCCGUCUUCACAGUAGCGUGCUUGUUGACAUUUCGAAGAGGGAUGGUUCGGACUAUUUGGAGUUCGUGUGCUCGGCAUGGCCUGAUUCGUUGGAGAUUCAGAAACUAUAUGUUCUUAAGCGAGAUAGAAUGCUUUCAAGACCCUAUAUGGGGCCUGAUUUUAGGGAAUUGAGUAGCGAAAUUCAGACGGAAUUUCGGGAGUUCUUAGCAGAAAGGAGGAUAGAUAAGGAGCUUGCUGUAUUUUUGCAUGAAUAUAUGAUGAACAAGGACAGAUGUGAACUUAUUCGAUGGUUGGCAACUGUCAAGACCUUUGUGGAAAGAUAAAUCAUACGCUUCUUUGGCACCAUCAAACAUGGUUGUUACCAUUUUAAGUUGUUUUCUCUUUAUGGGGUCAGUGAGAUUGCGUUAAUGGAAAAAAGAGGUGACAAAAAGGUAAAGGAAAAUUAGACAGUCAGAGUGAUUACAAACAGGUAGAACUUAGUGUCUAUGGUAAAUUUCAAAUGCUUUCUACCAGUUGGCCAAGAACACCCUGAAAAGGGAAAAGCAUGGUUACAACUUAAAAAAAAAGUCUUGAAAAUUGGUCCUAGUAUAAUCAUUGCAAGAAAUUACUGCACUAUUGUUUGUUUCCUCAGAUUACUACUGAUUAUAUGGUGCAAACUAUGUGGUUUUCUGCCUGUGAUGUUUGUUAUCAAUGUUGUUUGACUACUAUUGCUUUACUGCAAUUAUUGUAUUUUUGAAACAAAAAUCGUAUUAUGGAUUUAGGAUACGUUUUUGGUUUUUGAAAAUUAAGCUGUUGAACACUAUUCUCAUCCAUGAGUUUCGUUGAUUUGUUAUCCACUUUUGACAAAUGAUUUCAAUGUUCGAACUAAAAAAUAGUUUUUACGAACUUGUUCCUGUUUUUUAGAAUUUGACUAAGAAUUCAAAUGUUUCCUUAAGAAACGUUUAGAAUUUUCAGAAUGUCAGUCACUUUGAAAACGAAAACCAAAACAGUUCACAUUUUGGGAAUGGCAACCGUUAAAGGGUGUGGCCAAGUUUCUCUAGCUAGUGCUACUCAUAAUAAUGUCGAGUUAGAAGGAAAACCCUUUUUGAAAAAAGGUGAGACUUGUAGAAAUCAGUUCUCAAAUAACAAUUAGAGACAAAAACUGAUGUCCUGUUUCCUUUUCUUUUGAUUCACACGGCUUUCCUCAUCCCAUGUCCUUCUAGUAUGCGAAGAGGUGUUAUUUUCACUGCUUCAGCAUGCUUUUCAAAAGCUAAAUGUCUAUAAUAAUUAUGUGAAACUAAGUAAAAUCAUGAUUUUGAUUUUGAUUUUGAUUUUGAUCUUGUUCACAUCUGUAGCUUUUGGCUUCUGUUCUUCCUCGCAUGUGGCAUCAUAAUUGAAUAUCCAUCCCAAUGUUUAUUUUCUUGCUUUUAUGAUUUCUCCCUCAUCUUCAACAUCAGUUUUCAAACUUGAAUGUAAAAUGCGCUUUAUUGUUCUUUCUUUCUUACAUUUAAAGCCUGAGUUUCUUCCUGCUUUCAAAUUGGCAGAGAUUUGAAAGGUGGCUUUGUUAGUUCUGUUGCUUUCACAUCUGGGCUUAUGAUUUAGGAUUGUCUAGUGCUGACUUUGUUGUCUGCAUGAAUGUUAACGUGUUUUUGAAGUCAUGACAUGGUCUGGAUCUGACUGUUCUUCCAAGAUUUACCGCCCGUAUGCUUGUGUUUCUGCUAUGGAAUUAUGCUCAUAAUCAAACCCUUCUAACUUGCA